AUGGCGAUGAUAAUAGCUCCCCGAGCACCCUACAUGCAUCCUCUUCUGCCUUCUUCCUCCCUGGAAGGAUUGGAGCAGGUUAUUCCGCCGGAACCAAACUCACCUAAGAUCUACAUACCACGAUGGAAGCUCGACAAACCGCUCCCUAGCCCACCAAAGAGAAGUUCCGGCACUCCCUCAACAGACGAACAGUACCUAAGCAGCGCCAGGUACCAGCGCCCGAACGAUGGACAUCGUGAGAAUGCAGUUUAUGUAAAGAAAACCGGUCCUACCCAUGCUCACUCCGUCGACGAGUUGCGGUUGCUUUAUAGACAGCGGUCACCGGUUCCCUGCUCUCCUGGAUGGCAGAGACGACGAGACAGAGACCAACUUUCCAGCCCAGCAAAACGUGCACGCCACUCGACUGACCCGGUAUUUCAAACAUGCAACGGAGGAUUGAUAAGAGCUUCAACGAGGAUUGAAAGCAGGAAAUCGCAUGAUGAGAGAGAGGCGCCGGAAAGGGGUUCUGCCUCAGAUGCAGCGAAACCGGGUGCUGCAAGUCAGAGGAUACGAGCGAAGGGUAUUGAUGAGCAUGCCUGGAUGGGAGAGAAUGACCAGCCGGUGAUUGAAUCUCCAAGGGCUGAGGAUAAUUCAGGCCUAUGCUUCUGCCGUUUACCUCAUCCACGACACAGCAAGAUCUUCCCGGCUCCGCGGACGUCAAAGUCAAGUUCAUAUCACAGAGGCGUUCAGGCUAGUGAUCUUCCUGACGCAUCGUCAUAUAUUGAGCUUAUUCAACAGAAGUCUAUACCAGAUGUUCCCGAGGUAAACGUGGAGGACGUUGACGACGAGCAGUGUUCCCCCAGAACCAGACCAAGACCAAGGCCACAAAACCGCACACAGCUGUACUCUUUCACGACAUGUGCCAGCACGUCCAUGAUCAACGAAAUCACCGAGACGAGCAGCAGAAAGGAUACUGGCGGAUUUGGUCUUUUCCGGUCUCCUCCCCUUCCACCAACUGAAGAGAGAAGCCGUCGGCCCAAGCAGCUCGCCAUCCCCCCAAGUGACUACCAGCUAUAUGGAGUCAAAGCACUGUCAAAGAAUAGGCCAAAGAAGAAGAAAUCCAGCCUGUUCUAUCUUAACAAGCUGAUACCCAAAGCCAUAAAGCGGCAUGCCAGCGAGCCACAAAUUCAACCGUUGACCACACCACGAACCGCACCACCAUGCGGUGGGGAAGGUAACAGACGAGAAGAGUGGUUUGGGCUGGGGAGGAACAGCAACGCGUGGCGGUCGACCGCUGAGUUUUCCAGAGAAGCCUUUGGUUCCAGCUCGAACAAGCUGCCUGAGCAAAGAAGAAAGGAAGAAUUGAAGAGUAAGAUUGUGAUGGUUGGACCGACUCCUCACUGGCUGUAG